GGCGAGAUCUCAUGCGAGAAACGACGCUCCUGCUGUGCUUUAUACCAUUCCCACGUGGCUCGCUCAGAUUUUGAUUGUUUAGUGAAAUUUCUUUUACCAAAUUAUUUCCAUUAUUUUUUAUAGUGUCGCUCCAGUGUGACUAAUAAAGUUGUCGAAAAUUUUAUUGAGCUACACAACAUCACAAAGAAUCGUGGACUGGAUUAUUGUGAAUAAUUAAUUUUAUUUCAAGGGAUGCUGCUUCAGGAGAAACGAAAAGUAGAGGAACGAGUGGCUUGGAGGAUGACAGAGGUCGUGGAAUAGAAUUUCAUUGACGUCUGUCUUGAUCUGGUUUCGGUCUCAUGCCGGAUGCGCCAGUCGCUCUGGUUUGCUGUGCUAUACAAUGCUCUAUCAUCGCAUUUUCUUCGCCGUGCUGACUAUUCUUGGCGUACCCACAGUGACGAGCUUGGAACCUGACUUCCUUUAUCCUUUGGAAAACGUAACAAUUGCACAAGGACGAGACGCAACGUUCACGUGCGUGGUGAACAAUCUGGGUGGAUACCGGGUGAGUCCUUCCUCCUACACCAGUGGAGAUCACAGUGGCACCAAGGCCCGGGUAGCUUGGAUCAAGGCAGACACAAAAGCAAUACUGGCAAUCCACGAGCACGUUAUCACCAAUAAUGCUCGACUAUCUGUCACCCACAACGAUUACAAUACGUGGACUCUAAAUAUAAAAAAUGCUAAGGAAGAGGAUCGUGGUCUCUACAUGUGCCAAGUCAAUACUGAUCCCAUGAAAAGCCAAAGUGCUUUCCUGGAGGUGGUCAUUCCACCAGACAUCAUAUCCGAAGAAACGUCCGGUGAUCUGAUGGUCCCAGAGGGUAGCUCAGCAAAAUUGACGUGUAAGGCACGUGGAUAUCCUGAGCCAGAAAUUACUUGGAGACGAGAAGAUCGAGGUGAUAUCAUCGUAAGAGACACGAAUGGUGGAACUAAGACACGACAGCCUUCAGUGAGGGGUGAGACUUUGGUGUUAACAAAGGUCACAAGAAGUGAGAUGGGCACUUACAUGUGCAUAGCAAGCAAUGGCUUUCCACCUUCAGUUAGUAAACAGAUGAUGUUGCACGUCAACUUUCAUCCAAUGAUCCAAGUCCCAAACCAGUUGGUUGGUGCACCUACAGGGACAAACGUAACUCUGGUAUGUCAAGUAGAAGCAUCUCCAAAAGCAAUUAACUAUUGGACAAGGGAAACUGGAGAAAUGAUAAUAUCCAACCACAAAUAUUCAAUGUCUGAAGAGAGACUGUCUGAUUAUAGUGUUCAAAUGAAAUUAAUUAUUCAUAAUUUUCAAACAACUGAUUUAGGAGGAUAUAAGUGUAUUUCUAAAAAUUCCAUUGGUGAAGCUGAAAGUAAUAUUCGUCUUUAUGACAUGCAAUUACCAGAGCACUCAAGGAAAAACAAUGAAGUACCUUAUGACGACGAUUUAAGUGAAGCACGUGAACAACACAGACUAAAUCGUAUUUAUCAAGGGCCCCUAAGGGAAAGUGAUUCUACACUACAAACACCUUCUGAUAGAAACGAAUCAUCUGGAGUAUCAAGUAUUUUUCACAAUUCCAUUCAUAAUUUAAUUAUUUUGUUAGCACACUUGACAUUUAUUUAUAUAUAAUAACACAUCAUAGACUAAUGAUUGUU